AGGUGGAACCACUUGUUGGUCAGUCGUCCUUUAGCUCUUGGCUGUGCUACACCUCUCCCCGCGUUCAGCUCCCCCCAACCCCCUACAACAAAACAAAACUUCCCGCCGAAUUUAAAUCUUUUUUGGUUUUUAUUCAAAUUUCAGUUUUUGUCAUUUUGUGUUUUUGGUUGUUGAGAGGAAGGGGCACCUACAAAACCCCGCCGGUGUUUUCGACAAAAAUCGAAUCAAGUUCAUUGUGAAUUUUUUUUUUUAAUAUUUAAAACUGAGUGAAAACGAUAGCCGACAAUCGAAGGAAGGGAAACUUUGACAAAAAGAAAAAAAAAAAAAAGGAAAAAAUUCAUAUCAUGUGCCGGACUCGUUAGGUAACCAAAGGUGCAAUUCGUUUUCAAACCCGUUUCGACAGUUCAACUAACCGUGACGAUCAGAUAUCGAUUGAAGGUACGUCGACGAUUUGUCAUCGGAUUUUUUGGCGUUUCCUCUUACUCUCACGAUCGUUUUUCCUGUUUGAGAAAAUUUAAUUGAAACUGAAAACCCUCGCAACUCGUUUAACUCCAUUUCUUUCUUGAAUAAAACCAACGAUAAAAAAUAAAGAUGGAAGGAUUCGGAGGGGCUAGCAUCGUCCCUUACGCCAACAACAUCCAACAGCUCAACCACACGGGCCUCAACAACAACAACAACAUGCAGACGGGAUUCGAAUUCAAUUCGCCACCUCUGCCGCCGCCGUCGCCGUCGUCGUCGGCCAAUUAUCUCGGCCAUCCCAACGGAUCUCGAUUCCCGGUGUACUACAACAACCGGCCGCAACAGCAGCAACAACAAGUGCAACAACAAUUCAACGGCUACCCGAUGGCAGCCCGCAAUCACGUCCAGCAGCAACACCACCACCAGAACGGGCAGCAGCAGCAGCAGCACCAACUGCAUCACCACCAGCCGAACGGCGGCGGUUACCUGCACCACAUGGGCCAGUCUGAUCAGUCAAUGUGCUGGACGCAGGCGGGCGGGAUGAUGAUGCCCAACGUGACGGGAUCGGUCAAAGGCGUCGGCGGGAGCAUCAGCAGCAAACAGGCGGCGGCCAACGAGAAGAAGGCCCGCGAGCAGCGCGUCCGACGGCCCAUGAACGCCUUCAUGGUCUGGGCCAAAGUUGAACGCAAGCGGCUGGCCGACGAGAAUCCCGAUCUUCACAACGCCGACCUCAGCAAAAUGCUCGGUAAGAAAUGGAAGGGACUGACGCCGCAAGACAGACGGCCGUACGUCGAGGAGGCCGAGAGGUUGCGCGUGAUCCACCUGCAGGAGCACCCGAACUACAAGUACCGACCGAGGCGGCGCAAGCAGGUCAAGCGCGGCGGGACGGCGGCGGCGACGGGGGCCACAGCGGCAGCAACCGCGGGUGGCAAUAAGAAAGGUGCCGAGGCGGAACUGAAUUCGGUUGCCGACCGACCGUCCAGCACCACGGCCAAGAUGCCCCAUGACGCCCUCUACGGCCGACAGCCAGUUUCGUCCGGUAGCCACGCAUUCCAGGCCCACCGUGAUCUUUGCAACGGCGGGAUACAGACGCCCGACUCGUCGCCACAGGGCAGCCCCGAACCUUAUCUGCUCAUCUCCAGCAAGGUGGAGACGAAAGGCAACCACUCGAAAUCGACUUCCGCUCAUCCGUCCAACUGCCUGGGCUCACUUCCCACACCGGAGAUGUCGCCGAUGGAACAGGACGAGCUCCAGCAUCCAGAGGAACUUCAGCGCCAGCACCAACUGCAACAACACAACCAACAGCAACAACAGCAACAACAGAACGGGGCCGUGUUCCAACUGGUUCACAAGUUCUCGUCGGCCUCGGCUUUUUUGCGCAGCGUCUCUCACCCAUACCGUCCGACCAUGAUGGGCGGCGGAGUUCAACCUCAACAGCAGCAGCAACCGGAGAACGGCGGCGGUGGAGGAAGCCAUCCGUACGUUGGGCAAUUCUUCAACUCGAACCAAGCGGCGAGUCAGUCGACCGGCGGCUCUUUCUACAAUCCGGCCCAGUCUUACAUGACCAACAGCGGCUACUCCAACGAGGCCUGCUCCGAUUACAACCGCGAUUACCAUCGCUGUGAAAACGGUCAGUCUGCUAAUCACGGCGGAUUAGGCGAUAAUUAUCUUCCGUCGGUGAUGCCGGAAGAGUUUAUCGACGGCGACAUUGAUCGAUCCGAGUUUGACAAGUAUCUGAGCGGAUACGGGGCGAAUCACGCCACCAGUGUCAACUGCUCUUUCUACGGACAAGGCAACGCCGGCCUGAGUCACGCUGGUGGCAGCAGCACCAAUCAUCACUUGAGCGACGGCCAGCAGUCGACGUCGGAACAGUUUGACGGCCACAAAGAGAACGGCGCCGGUCUCCACGCUACUAACGAAUACAUUUUGAUGAAAUCGGAGCCCAUCUACGAAACCAUUCCAGCGGCAGGCUCUAGUCUCAGUUCGGCUUUGGCUGACGUGCGCUCCGUCUAUUACGAUUGCUGAGUUAUUAUAUUCUACCAUCUACAUUUAAUAUCGACUCGUAUCGAGCACAAAAAACAAAACAAAAACAAAAAAUUUACCGAAAUUUCAUCCCUUUUUAGUUGUACCAUACGAACAGUAGCGCACACAAUUCAGAGUUGAAUUUAUAUACAGUAAUUUCGCAAUUUCCUAAACGACGUUUUCAAAGGGUAAACGUCGUAGUUGUGCGCCGUUUGCGCAGUAAUCCGUAGUUAAAGAGAAAUGUGUACCUAUAUAAUAUAAUGCACUUAAUAUUUGUAACUUUUUGUAGCUCCGAAAUAUUUGAGAGUGAAUUGGAUGGCCGCCUUUAUUUUUACCCCCGUGUGUUUCUUCUGUCUCUGUUAUGUAAAAAAACAAAGAACAAAUUUCCUGUCCGAUUGUGUACAUGUACUCCCUUCAACUCCUCACCGUCAGUUUACAGCACGCUACAUACUAUCGGCUUCUAAAAACCUCUUGGAAGAAAACAUCGGCGCUAUUUAGGUGAUGGGCAUCGGCGGAAUGAGGAGAGAGAGAGAGAACAAAUUUCCCGACCCCACGAUUUGAAUGCACCUAUCUACGAAGACAAGAAAAAAUAACAACAGCGAAUUUACUCAUCGUCGAUAGCGAAAGAGAGUGCGUGCCGCGACGGCGGCGGGGUUAUUUCAUCGGUAACAAUAAAAAUGUGUGUGCAGAGACCCAACACUGCCUGGACGAUCCGGGUGGCAUGACUCGGACAAAUUUCCCCCGAGAGUUCCCAACAUUUAAGAAAGAAUUACAAUGCGCGACUGGUGAAAAGAGAAUCAUGGAAGAACAAAAUGUACAAGUCAUCAUGAAAUAUCAGCUAUAUAUAUAUACGUUCCGCAUGAGAGCCCCAUGAAAACGCUGAGAGCGUCGUCACUUUUCCGAACCCAAUUCAGAGCAUCACGGAACUGAUACAGCGCGUCGAGAGCGCUUGUUUCCCCCCCCCCCCCAUGUGUAGAUCUACCAAAGUCCAAAGUUUACGUAUCCUAUCCAUUGCGUCCGCCGAGUUUCCUUUCUACCAUCCCACCCCUCAUGUAUUUCUUAUUUUGUUUCCUCGACAGUAAAGUUUUCUUAUUAUAAAA